UGAGGUGAAGAUGGAGCAUAGUGAACUUUUUUCUCCCUCGCACGCAAACACUCUCUUUCUCUUUCUCUCUUUCUGGGGUGUUUUUCUCUUAUAGGUCACUUACAAAGACUCCAAUUAUUUAUACCAUUUCCUAUUUUUUAUAGGUAAUUUUAUGCUCUCCUGUCUUUUCAGAAGGCGAUUGUAAUCCUUGAACACUCACUGCAAAGAGCAAGGGGAGAAAAGGAGAGAGAGAGAGAGAAGAGAAAGAACUGAUAGACAACAGAGGGUUUAGAAGAAGUGAAGAAGCUUUCAAUCAAACAGAAGGAAAACGAUGUCUGAGAAUUCGGCACUCUAUCGGUCCCUGCAACUAUAUCAGCGGCGGACUUAGGAAGCGGCGGCGUUGGAGACGAAGAAGAAAGAGAUGAUGCAGAAGAAGAAGAAUUUACUAUUGAUAUGGAAGUUGUGACACCACCACCGCCACCAUCUUUUCCGACUCACUCCUCCAAGAAUAAUAAUAGAGAGUUGGCCUCGGCCAGUGCUAAUUGUGUGAAUUCUAUGUCCCAAGGUUUCCACCAAGGGAUCUUCAGCUUCUCUAAUGGGUUUGAUAGAUCGACUUCGGCACACCACCAACCACAACACAUAGCCCAGCAGAGCCGAAGAGACAAGUUAAGGGUGCAAGGGUUUGAACCACCACCGCCGCCUCCAUUGGUGGGCAUCGAAGAGGAAGAACCCGGUGAGCUUCACGGUUACGAAACUGGUGGGAUGUUGUCGGAGAUGUUUAAUUUCCCACCAGGGGCGGCCGCCGCUGCCGUUGCCGCCGACCUCUUGGAUAAUCAGAUCGCGUCGAGUUACCAUCUCACACGGACAUCACCGGCGGCAACAGCAACAGCCAACGAGUGGUACGGUCACAGACAAACAAACAGCAACGACCGCGACAGCAGCAGCUUAGCUUCACAUCAUCAUCCUCAUCAUCAUCAUCAUCAACAACAACAUCAUCAGAUUUCAGGUAUAAAUGCGGAUUCAGCUGCAGCCAUGCAGCUUUUCCUCAUGAAUCCACAACCUAGGUCACCUUCUCCUCCUCCUCAACCCACGUCUUCUACUCCUCUCCACCUAUUACUCCCAAACCCAUCGACUACUCCACCUCACGUACAAGGGUUCCAGUCCCCCGGUGCUGCCGCCUUCGGUAAUAGCUCAAUUCCUACCUCUCAAUUCACAUGGAUCUCCGGCAGCAGCAACGGCGGAGGAGAUAACCCAAACAAACUGGGGGGAGGACUUGUGGAUAACCAAGGGCUUUCGUUGUCACUCUCAUCGUCCUUACAGCACUUAGAAGCAGCGAAAGCUGAGGAAUUGAGAAUGGGAGAUGGUGGGAUGUUGUAUUUCAAUACAGGAAACGCUGGUUCCACGGCACCAUCUUAUGGAUCGAUGAAGAAUUUGAGGACCCAUCAUCAUCAUCAUCAUCAUCAUCAAGAACCAUUGCAUUUACAGGCUCAAAACCACAAUGGGCAGGUCCAUGUGGGGUUUGGAUCGUCUUCUUUAGGGGUAGUCAAUGUUUUGAGGAAUUCUAAGUAUGCAAAACCUGCCCAUGAGUUGCUUGAAGAAUUCUGCAGUGUUGGGAGAGGACAAUUCAAGAAUAAAAGGCUUUCUACUACCUCCAAUGCUAACCCUAAUCAAGGUAGCACCAGUGGUGCUGGUACUGCUACUGGGUCUCCAUCUUCUUCCAAGGAUAUUCAUCCUUUAUCUGCUGCUGAUAGAAUUGAAUACCAACGAAGGAAGGUCAAGCUCGUAUCUAUGAUUGAUGAGGUUGAUAGGAGAUACAACCAUUAUUGCGAGCAGAUGCAAAUGGUGGUGAACUCGUUCGACUCGGUGAUGGGUUUCGGUGCAGCAACUCCUUAUACGGUGCUAGCCCAGAAGGCGAUGUCACGCCAUUUCAGAUGCUUAAAGGAUGCCAUUGCAGCUCAGUUGAAACACACAUGUGAGCUUCUAGGAGAAAAAGAUGGUAUGGGAGCUUCAGGAGUUACUAAAGGAGAGACCCCAAGGCUUAAGAAGUUGGAACAAAGCCUUAGGCAACAACGAGCCUUCCACCAGAUGGGUAUGAUGGAACAAGAAGCUUGGAGACCCCAGAGAGGCUUGCCUGAACGUUCCGUUAACAUUCUAAGGGCCUGGUUGUUCGAGCAUUUCCUUCACCCGUACCCAAGUGAUGCAGACAAGCAUUUGUUGGCACGUCAGACUGGUUUAUCACGAAAUCAGGUAUCAAACUGGUUCAUUAAUGCAAGGGUUCGGUUGUGGAAACCCAUGGUGGAAGACAUGUACCAGCAAGAGGCUAAGGAAGAAGCAGAAGAUGAUAGAGAAAUUAAAAGAGAGAGAAGCCAACAGGGCCAAAGCAGCAGCUCUGCCCAAAGGCCCCAAACACCGACCCCUAUUACAGCAAUAGUGACAGCAGCAGUUGCAGCCUCAGCAGUAGUGCCACUACCAACACCAACAGCAGCAGCAGCAGGAGGAGUAGCAACCACUACAUCAUCUUCAACAACUACUUCGACAAAUGCUGCAGUCAAAAGAUCCGAAAUCAAUGCCCUUAGGGUUGACAAUGACCACUCACUCGAUGCAAUCAAUAGACAAUGCUUCUCGGAAAACCAAGUCAACCAGUCCUCCUCCACCACCACCACCAUCACCACCAACUAUCACGAUGACUUGUCAACCAUGGCCUUGCCUCAGCCUCAGCCUCAGCGUUUCUCGGCAACCCACGUACUCGAUGACACUUGUCGACAACAUGGUGGCAUCUUAGCCGCUGCUGCUACUAACUAUGGGACCACAACUGCUGGGGCCUCUCUUAUAAGGUUUGGGACCACUGCCGCCACCGCCACCACCACCACAGGUGAUGUGUCGCUCACUCUUGGGCUUCGGCAUGCCGGAAACUUGCCGGAGCAGAACCGGUACUCCGUUAGAGAUUUUGGAGGAUGCUGAAAAUUUUGAUUUGCCUCAUUAUUUCAUAACUACCCUCCAAAAAUGAUAACAAGAGAAAACAAAAUGGUUGUUUUUUUUUAUAAUGUUGGUUAUUUAUAAAUGAAGAAGAAGUGAAAAAACUAAAUGUUGGAGAUCUAUUUAAUUUGUAUAGAGAUUGUUUUGUAGUCUUUGUACUUUGAUAUAUAGGUUGCUAACUUGUUGAAGAUACUUUCAUAAUUCAUAUUUAGAAGGAAAGAGGAAGAUGUGGUUUUCUUUUU